UAUAUAUACGUGCAAUCCCCUUCUUCAACGCCUUCGUUACACCGUUUCCGUUCUUCUUCUUCUUCUUCUUCUCUGCAAAUUCCAGAUUUCAGAGCUCGAAGAUCUCGUUCUGUACCCUCAAACUCCUCAAUCCCCUCGCAGAUCUCCUGUCUCUGCCCUGAGAUCUGGCGCAAAAUUCUCCAAAAAUGGAGUCUUUUCAUGGAUUCAUGAUGUGGGUCUUGGCUUUUUGUUUGGUAUUUCAAUCUGGGAAUGGGUUUUACCUUCCGGGUAGUUACCCACACAAGUAUGCUGUUGGUGAUGAGUUGUCGGUGAAGGUGAAUUCUCUGACCUCGAUUGAUACUGAGAUGCCAUUUAGCUAUUACAGUUUACCCUUUUGCACUCCCUUGGGUGGUGUCAAGGAUAGUGCUGAGAAUCUCGGUGAACUCCUCAUGGGGGAUCGGAUCGAGAACUCACCUUACAGGUUCAAGAUGUAUACCAAUGAGUCUGAGGUGUUCUUGUGCAAAGUGGAUAAGCUGUCUGCAGAUCAGUUCAAGCUCUUGAAGGAGAGGAUUGAUGAGAUGUAUCAGGUGAAUUUGAUACUUGAUAAUUUGCCUGCUAUUCGGUUUACGAAGAAGGAGGAGUAUUUUCUGAGAUGGACUGGGUAUCCUGUUGGUAUCAAGAUUCAGGAUGUGUAUUACAUGUUUAACCAUUUGAGGUUUAAUGUUCUUGUCCAUAAGUAUGAGGAGAACAAUGUGGCUCGUGUGAUGGGAACCGGUGAUGCGGCUGAGAUGAUCCCGCCGAUUGGUAAGGAGGGAUCUGACAAGCCUGGUUACAUGGUUGUUGGGUUUGAGGUGGUGCCUUGUAGUAUUAUGCAUAAUGCUAAUACGGUUCAGAGCUUGAAAAUGUAUGAGAAAUACACGUCGCCGAUCAAAUGCGAUCCGACCACCGUGGCAAUGCCGAUUAAAGAAGGUCAACCACUUGUGUUUACUUAUGAGGUCACCUUUGAGGAGAGUGAUAUCAAGUGGCCAUCUAGAUGGGAUGCCUACUUGAAGAUGGAGGGAGCCAAGGUCCAUUGGUUCUCCAUCCUCAAUUCGCUUAUGGUGAUCACUUUUCUUGCUGGUAUUGUUCUUGUUAUCUUCCUGAGAACUGUUAGGAGGGAUCUGACCCGUUAUGAGGAGCUUGAUAAGGAGGCUCAAGCACAGAUGAAUGAAGAGUUAUCUGGUUGGAAGCUUGUUGUGGGAGAUGUUUUCCGCGCCCCGUCGAAUCCUUCUUUGUUGUGUAUAAUGGUUGGGGAUGGAGUUCAGAUUCUUGGGAUGGCUGUCGUGACAAUAUUGUUUGCCGCACUUGGAUUCAUGUCACCUGCCUCUCGCGGAACACUCAUCACAGGUAUGCUGUUUUUCUAUAUGAUCCUCGGUAUUGUUGCUGGCUAUGUUGCAGUUCGGCUAUGGAGGACACUCGGCUGCGGCGAUCACAAGGGAUGGGUUUCAGUUGCUUGGAAGGCUGCUUGUUUCUUUCCUGGGAUUGCCUUUUUGAUCCUGACAUCAUUGAACUUCCUUUUGUGGGGAAGCCACAGCACAGGAGCCAUUCCAUUUUCGCUUUUCGUUGUGCUGAUUUUGCUUUGGUUCUGCAUUUCUGUCCCCCUUACCCUUGUUGGUGGGUACUUUGGAGCUAGAGCACCACACAUUGAGUAUCCAGUUAGGACCAAUCAAAUUCCCCGCGAAGUUCCCCAGCAGCGGUACCCUUCAUGGCUUUUGGUUCUAGGUGCUGGCACCCUUCCAUUUGGUACCCUUUUCAUUGAGCUCUUCUUCAUCAUGUCAAGUAUUUGGAUGGGUCGCGUUUACUAUGUCUUCGGGUUUCUCUUUAUUGUUAUGAUUCUCCUUGUGGUGGUUUGUGCUGAGGUAUCUCUAGUUCUGACCUACAUGCACCUCUGUGUGGAGGAUUGGAGAUGGUGGUGGAAAUCAUUCUUCGCCUCGGGUUCGGUUGCCAUAUACAUCUUUUUGUACUCCAUAAACUAUCUUGUGUUUGAUCUCAAGAAUCUGAGUGGACCUGUUUCUGCAACUCUUUACCUGGGAUACUCACUCUUCAUGGUUCUAGCUAUCAUGUUGGCUACAGGCACAGUUGGGUUCCUGUCUUCAUUCUGGUUCGUUCAUUACUUGUUCUCUUCAGUCAAGUUGGAUUGAAGACUCAAACUAGCUCUGCAGAGAACAGUUUUAUCAGGAGGACCCUUGGAAAUGUUCAAUUUAUGUUACUUUAUGUCUGUUCUUGUUGCUAGAGAAAAUAGAUAAUAAUUUUAUCAAUUUUUGCUUAACUCAUCGUUAGAUAUAAUGUAAUUGCAUUGUGAAGUUUAUGGUGUACUUCAUUUUACAUUUUGUUCA